AUGGACGUGGGGGAAGCAGGGGACCCCGACGGGACCUGGGGGGAGGCCCCAGCAGGGACCUACGUUGUCCCACAUGUGCACUGACAUGUCCGCUCUCCCCGUGGGGCUCUGCAGGUUCCCCAGCAGUCGCUGACGAUCCUCCAGCAGCUUCCCGGGACCGUCGCUUCCCUGGCUCGGCCCACCAGACCCCAGCACAUCCGGGGAGCCCCUUACUCGCUGGCAGAUUUAAUCGAGCUGAUGAUGAUUCAGAACUCCCAAAUGCACCAGGUGGUGAUGAACAGCCUGGCUAUGUCAGCACUGACGUCCUUCGGGUUUGGGCCAUCUCCAUCCACUGCCCAGAUGACUGCGGCGCCUUGGCAGACUGAUGAGGAAGGAGAAGUCGUGGUGUUCCACCAUCACUAUGUCCCCUACCCCAGUCCCGCUCCUGUCCCGGCCUGGCCGGUCCCAGCACCAGCGCAGGCCCGGGGGCCAGCUGCCGUACGCUACCUGGGCGCAGGCUCAGCAGCCGAGGACGGGGAGGUCAGUGCGGUGCCGCCCCCGCCACCCCCCAGCGCGACAGGAACCGUGGGAGCCAACGUCCCGCCAGCCUCAGAGUACUACGACUUGGUGCAGGGCAGGCUGUGAGCUCUGGGCCUCCCAAGAUGGUUUCUCCUGGAUGUCCCAGGCCCUGACCCCAGAAGAUCCCACCGCAGCAGAAGCAGGUCCUGAGGGCGCUGCCCCAUGACACCCACCCACUGCCUGGGGUGACUCAUGGGGAGGAAGUGAACGUGCCCACCAAAAGGCACCAGCCUCAGCCGUCUGGAGCCUGUCGCUGAACCUGGGUGACUGCAUGAGCCCAGAACGGGACAGGCCUUGACUCCAUGUCCAGGUCCCUGCUGUGGCUCUCCAGAGCGGAACAGCCAGCCCCUCCCCAGCAGGAUGGCGGUGACAUCCCAGUCCUGCCUGAACAGCGUGUCUGUGCUGUGGCCAAGCCAUGAGACUCUGCAGGACGGGCUCAGUGUGGGCUGUGCUGGGCCCCCUUGGGAGAU